AAUUACUUGGGUUAACUAUUAUAAUCUAGGGAGCUAGAAGCCAUGGAACUUGAGUUAGUCCUAUUCUUUAUUUUGGGAAUCAUCUCUCUUCUUCUCUAUACCAGGAGUGUACUACGCCAAAAUCACCAUGUUCAACACCUCCCUCCAAGCCCCUUUGCUUUGCCCAUCAUUGGACACUUCCACCUUCUUGGCCCUCUCAUCCACCGCUCCUUCCAAGCCCUCUCGUUCCGGUUUGGCCCCAUAUUUUCCCUCCAUCUCGGCUCUGUUCCAUGCAUUGUCGUAACCUCGCCCGAGCUCGCAAAAGAUUUCCUCAAAACUCAUGAACUCUCGUUCGUAUCCCAUGCUCAGUCCACGGCCAUUGAACGCAUAACCUACGACUCUUCCUUGGCAUUUUAGCCCUACGGACCAUACUGGAAGUUUAUCAAGAGGGUGACGGUGAACCAACUCCUCAGCAGCGGUAGCGUCAGUAAGUUUCAUUCCAUUAGGGCGGACGAGUACUCUCGGCUCCUUAAGCUCUUGGCAGAGAGAGCGGAGAAUUGUCUGGCUGUGAACCUCAGUGAAGAGCUGCCAAGGCUUUGCCACAACAUUAUAGGCCAGAUGAUGCUUGGGAAGUAUUCCACUGCGGCUUCUAGCAACACAGAGCGGGCUGAGGAGGCGAGGUUGGUGGUAAGGGAGGCGACCAGGAUCUUCGGAGAGUUGAACUUGUGUGAUUUUAAUAGGGUGUGGAAGAAACUAGACUUCCAGGGGUUUGGGAAGAGAAUUGAGGACACGCAUAUCAAAUUUGAUGAAUUGGUGGAGAAGGUUGUCAUGGAACGUGAACAACUGAGAGUUAAGAACAAGAAAAUUAAUGGUGGAGAGGAGAUCAAGGAUUUUCUAAGCAUUUUGCUUGAUAUGUUGGAAGAUGAGAGUGGUGAGAGUGUGGAGGUUGGAUUUUCAAGAGUUCAUAUUAAGGCUCUAAUUACGGAUUUGUUCACGGCUAGUACUGACACAACAGCCAUUGCAAUGGAGUGGGCGUUGGCGGAGCUUAUCAAUAACCCAACGGUGCUCGAGAAAGCAAGGGAGGAGAUCAGUAGUGUGGUUGGGAAUGGACGAAUAGUUGAAGAAUCGGAUGGUCCAAAUCUUCCAUACAUCCAAGCUAUCAUAAAAGAAACAUUUAGGCUACACCCACCCGUGCCUAUGGUCACAAGAAUAUCGGUAGAAGACUGUAAGGUCCGGGACUAUGUUAUUCCGGUGAACACAAUACUAUUUGUGAACAAUUGGGCCAUCGGGAGAGAUCCAACAAACUGGGAAAAACCGUUGGACUUUUGGCCGGAAAGAUUCUUAGAAAGCAUUGGAGGUGACCAAACGAGUGGAAUGGAUGUUAGAGGUCAUCACUUUCAAUUUCUUCCAUUUGGUUCCGGGAGGAGAAUAUGUCCCGGUAUCAACUUGACCAUGAAAAUGGUUCCUAGUCUGGUGGCCGCUAUGAUUCAGUGCUUUGAUUGGAAGGUUACUCCAAGCAAGAAGAUGAACAAUGAUGAUGUUGUUGAUAUGAGUGAAAGGCCAGGACUGACAACUCCAAGAGCUCAUGAUCUUGUGUGUUUUCCAGUAGCUCGCUUUAAUUUACUUGAUGUUCUUAAAACUUGAUAAUUAAGGGAGACCCAGAUGUUGUACUUACCCAUAAAAUAAGACCGAGGAUGCAGGGGUUAGCUCUCUCAUGCAUGUAUGUGUAUGUUAUUUUCGUUUAUUUGUUUGUAAGGUUUUUCAAUAUUGUAAUACUUGAAAUAGUUUUUUUCACCAACAGUCCCUCAAUUCUGGUGUACUUACCAAUGUGA